AUGCCAUCUAGCGUCAUCAAACAUCACGUACAGACUGAUUGGCUCCGGGCAGCUAAAGCUUUGCAAGCGUCAGCAGAUGCACAAUCGUCUCGUAUGGAAGAAAUUGUGCGCUCUUUUCUAUCUAAUCUUUCCAAAAAGAUGCAAAUACUUAUAAUUAAUCGAAAUACCAUCCGCUCAUUAUACUAG